AUGUCCAUCCUCAGCCACAUCAAGCGCGCUCGCGAUCAUAAGGAGACAGCAAAGACCAAAGAAGUUGAACAGCCCAAGGUCACCAAGCCUACACAGCCUUACCGUCAUGUUCCCACCCACGCUGCCUGUGACUCUGUCAACAGCGGCCCCUCUGGUGCCCGUCAUCACGACCGUUCCAAGAUCCGCGCCGAGAACCGCAAGCGCACUGCAAAGGUCGUUGCUGAAACCAUGCACGACAACCAGGCCAUUCAGAUGAACUUCCCCGGCUCGUCAACAGCGUCUCCCUUCACCAGCGGUAGCUCAAGCACAGCCUACCAGGCCAGCGAGAUUGAUUAUGAGGGAGACGUCAGUCCUAGAAGCCAGUCACCUGUUCAGAGCUAUGGGUUCUCUCCCGUGCCCACCUCUCCUCAACCAAUCUCCCUCAAGGGCAAGGAGAUUGUUCGUGGACCCCAGUAUGGCAUGUCCUACUCUGUGUCUCCCGACCCCCGAGAUCGGCUCGCCGAGCGAUUCCAAGCCGGUGUUAUGAUCUAA